UCGAGAGCGAUAGGAGACGUUAUAAUUACAAUAUCAUUUUUGUGCUUGAAAAUGCUUGAAAAGAUUAUGACUGGAAUUGAUAUAUUAAUAUUCGAAAGUAUUGUGUAAUUAAAUUCAAAAAUACUCAUUGAGUUAUAAAAAGAAAUCAUUUCGUUCUGGAAAAAGUGUAAAAAGGUGCACUUAAAAGAAUUUAUGUUCCGUCAAAAGAAUUUCUUUUAAACCUAACAACUCUGACAGUUAUUUUGUAGCUGAUUUCAAACAGUUUGAUGCCAUUGUGUAUGUUCUUAUUUCUUUAAUUUGCAUAAACUUCGGAUACGAAUACUAAUGCUCGCCGAAAGAUCGCCAAAAGACUAAUUUCAAUCAUAGAUUUUUAAGAAGGUGUUGCCAAUGUGAACUUAAUACUAUGGCGCAGUACAAUGAACACUUUACUACACCCGAAAGUCAAAACUGGCUAAAGGGAUGGGUGGCAGUGAAGACAGCAGCAGAAGCACUCGCUCCGUUUGCUUGUAACGUCUGUGAUGAUAUUCGAGUAAAAAAGUUAAAAAAAUCAAUAAAACAUCUUGUUCCUGACCUCUGUGAGAACUGCUCCAUUGUUGAAAUUAUACCGUGCGAUCCAAAUAACAACAUUUGUAAUGCAGGACAAUGCCGUUUUCACAACGGGCGUAUCUUCCGUCCGUGCCUUAUAGUAAAAUGUAACGAAUAUCGCAAUACUGUUACCGACGACAUCCAAAAAGGGAUCGAUAUACGUUUCACUUGCAAUAGCUGCAGGACAACAGAAAUCGUAAAGUGUAAUCCAAGAAAUAAAGUCUGCAAUUCGGGAAGGUGCAAAUUCCAUAUGGACCAAAAUACGAAACAAUUCAUCCCCACAAGGCCAUGCCGGAAUAACAUUUGUGAUACGCUCCGGGAUGCCAUAGAACAGAAACACAGGUUUGGGAAUCCGUCAUGGAAGAAUACAGAUGCGAGGAAAUGGUGUGUUAACGCCUGGGAUAUUGCCAAGUGCUUUAUGCCCCCAGAUGGCUACGCAGAUGUGGAAAAUGAGGAAGAUACUGACUUGAAUGGGAUAAUAAGUGUCUACAUCAACUGUGAAGAAUUUCAACAGUAUUUUACCGCUGACCUGUCCCUUCCACGCAAUCUUUGCACCAAGGUCCGUGAUGUUGGAAAGCAUGUCCGCCAUGCCCCGAAACCGGAGGUUACUGACGAUAACUUGAAAGUCUGGUUUACAGACCUGAAGGCCUUAUUAUCUGACCCAACAUUUCACAAAGCAAAUCCCCGAGCGCAAGAUGCCAUAGACCAGCUUGAUAAGCUGGAGAGUGACGACUAUGUGAUUCCACCUUCAGACAUCAAAGCAGCACUUGAAGGGCUAGAGAGGAAAGCGAUAGACCUUGUUGACGUGCUUCAGAGGAAAACAGAUGAUGGCGUCCUUGCUAUACAAGAGGCUGAAAAUAUAGCCACUCAAAACAUAAAAUCGUUGAAUGAAUAUGAUCAGCCCUUAUUUAAAUCAGAUCUGAAGAAAGGUCUCAUCGUAUAUCAUGGCACAAAUAACUGCUCGCUACCGCUUGGUCCUUGCUUAGAUCUGGAAGAUUCAGGACUUGAGGACCUCUAUUUAUGGCCAAACAUUAGUAGGGUUAUUCUUCAGUCGAUUCAUAAAGACAAGACAUCAAUAGAACAGACUACAGAACCUCUUUCGAAUUUGGAACAGUUGUUCAGUUCGAAAGGUAUCAUAUUUCUCACCGCAGACGCUGGUGUUGGAAAGACAUCAUUUUGUAAGUUUUUAGUUUUAUCGUGGUGUAAGGUUCAAGAGGGAACGACCGAUCUGAAAUCAACGGUUAGUGGCACCCAAAACGUUUCUAGCAUUAUUGAGUAUUUGAAGGAAUUUACUUAUUUGUUUUACGUCAAUUUACGUGAAAACCAAUGCGCUAAAUUAGAGGAUAUCAUUUUCUCGCAUACGGAAUCUGUUGACACAAAGUUAACGCGGGAUAAUAAAGCCUUUGAUAAUAUAUUGUCGAAAGAAAACGGUUUGUUCAUUUUAGACGGCUUAGAUGAAUGUAAAAUUCCCUUGAUAAUGUCUAUGCCUGUAAAUAGAAAGUAUACUGUUCUCAUUACAUCACGUCCUUGGAAACUUGCAAACAUAAGUAUGCAAAAAAAAUAUACACAUGCACAAAUUGAGGUUAUGAAACAAGAUUUGUCCAAACAACUUGUGAAUCUUGCGAACGAAUGUUUGAACAAGCAUUUCAAGACAUCAUAUGAUACAGAUGAUUUCUUAGACGCUGUCAAAACUCAAUGUUUAGAAUCUCAGCUCGAAAAUCCAAUGUUUGCGCUGCAGUUGUUAUGUAUCUAUCACGAUAAACGCAGUGAGAAUAAAACAUGUUCGGACAAUGCAACCGUUCACAGAUUAUGUUCAGAUUCCGGUACAACGUCAGUACCUCGUCAGACCGGACUGACAUACCUUGGUAAGACAAGGUCGCAUGUAUAUGCAAAUAUGAUAGAACUGAUGUUACGUAGUACCGAAAAGAAGGAGGAAUCACUCGUACAAGAUCUCAGUGAGUAUUACAAGAACAAUGGUCAACCACAUGCACUUCCCGAAUGUUUUGAUGAAAGAAAUUACGCGUGCUGUGGUUUAGCAAAACUAAUUUACGCUAUUGGAAAACUGGCUGCUUAUUCACUCUUAGGCGAUAAUAAAUCUUUAAUAGAAGAACACCAAAUAAGAAAACUUAAGAAAGAUGAAACGUCGGUACUUCUCAAAUCUGGACUUCUUUCGAAAACAAGCUUGAAAACUAUAUCAGGAGAGAGCAAUGUGUACACAUUUUUACAUCAGACUUAUAAGGAGAUGCUUGCAUGUGUGUUUCUAUCUUCGCAUGGUUUUGAUAGUGAUAUUUGGAGAAAAUUCAUAGAAAAUUUUGGUUCUGUUGUGUCACCCGAUAUGUUGUCUUUUUUAUGUGUCAUGAACUAUGAACAAGGUUGCAAGUGUGUAGAUAUGUUUAAUGAAAGCAAACGGUUGUUUGUUAGAGAUGGCACAUUUUACACAUCCGAACUAAUUGCCUAUCAAACAACAAUUGCAAUGACCCACAAAGAAUGUUUUGACAAUGGAAUUAAAGAGCCACGAAUUACGUUGAAACACGCACUGCUUAACCCAGAUUCAGGCAUUGGAACUGAUCAUGCACUUUUGCAAGGAAGCGGUCUUGAGUUGGAAACACUUUUCAUUAGCAACUAUUCAUUUACCACAGCAAUAGAACCGAACUUUUUCUCAAAUUCAUUGGUGCACUUACUGGUAGAAGAUGUUAAGUUUCGCGAUGACCAUAUCGUACUUUCGAAAUGUACACAUCUCUCAUCAAUAACUAUACAGAACACCCGUCUGUCCCACGUAACCAUAAACCCGUCUUCCCUAGAGAUGUUCUGGGUUUACGUGAGGCCUGAAAUGAUACAAGAAAUACCGCCCAUGAAGUUGUCCUUUGUUGGCGGGUCGCAAUUCUCUUCCAAUCUUAAAGAACUCAGCUUAGCGCACGUGACCAUGGAUGUUCCCCUUGAUUUGGCAAAUUGUCCGCAAUUACAGGAAUUAGUUAUGAAAAAUACCUCAUCCGAUUCUUUAACAGGUGUAUGCGUUGUACGUAGCAUGCAACGUUGUGAUGCACUUCAGGAACUGCGGCUUGACACAUUGACCUUCCCUGCAGAUACUCACCUGGAUCUCAGCGGUCUCACACAUCUCUCAAACAUAACUAUACAUCACACCCGUCUGUCCCACGUAACCAUCAACCCGUCUUGUCUAGAGAAUUUCUGGGUUAACGAAAAGCCUGAACUAAUACAAGAAAUACCGCCCGUGAAGUUGUCCUUUGUUGGCGGGUCGCAAUUCUCUUCCAAUCUUAAAAAACUCAGCUUAGCGCACGUGACCAUGGAUGUUCCCCUUGAUUUGGCAAAUUGUCCGCAAUUACAGAAAUUAGUUAUGAAAAAUACCUCAUCCGAUUCUGUAACAGGUAUAUGCGUUGUACGUAAUAUGCAACGUUGUGAUGCACUUCAGGAACUGCGGCUUGACACAUUGACAUUCCCUGCAGAUACGCACCUGGAUCUCAGUGAAUUAACGUGUUUGACUGAUAUAUCAUUGGUAAGAUUAACGACGGAUAUAACCGUUCAGUUUCCACAAAAUGUGCAUGUAAUAUGCAUAGACGGUGUAACCUUUUGCAAAAAUACACACCUGGUACUCAGCGGUCUCACACAUCUCUCAAACAUAACUAUACUGGACACCCGACUGUCCCGCGUAACCAUCAACCCGUCUUGUCUAGAGAAUUUCUGGGUUUACGUAAAGCCUGAACUAAUACAAGAAAUACCGCCGGUGAAGUUGUCCUUUGUUGGCGGGUCGCAAUUCUCUUCCAAUCUUAAAGAACUCUGCUUAGUGCACGUGACCAUGGAUGUUCCCCUUGAUUUGGCAAAUUGUCCGCAAUAUCAGAAAUUAGUUAUGAAAAAUACCUCAUCCGAUUCUUUAACAGGUGUAUGCGUUGUACGUAGCAUGCAACGUUGUGAUGCACUUCAGAAACUGCGGCUUGACACGUUGACAUUCCCUGUCGAUACUCACCUGGAUCUCAGCGGUCUCACACAUCUCUCAAAGAUAACUAUACAGAACACCCGUCUGUCCCGCGUAACCAUCAAUCCGUCUUGUCUAGAGGAGUUCUGGGUUGCCGUAAAGCCUGAACUAAUACAAGAAAUACCGCCGGUGAAGUUGUCCUUUGUUGGCGGGUCGCAAUUCUCUUCCAAUCUUAAAGAACUCAGCUUAGUGCACGUGAUCAUGGAUGUUCCCCUUGAUUUGGCAAAUUGUCAGCAAUUACAUAAAUUAGUUAUGACGAAUACCUCAUCCGAUUCUGUAACAGCUAUAUGCGUUGUACGUAGCAUGCAACGUUGUGAUGCACUUCAGGAACUGUAUCUUGACACAUUGACCUUCCCUGCAGAUACUCACCUGGAUCUCAGCGGUCUCACACAUCUCUCAUCAAUAACUAUACAGAACACCCGUCUGUCCCGCGUAACCAUCAACCCGUCUUGUCUAGAGAAUUUCUGGGUUUACGUAAAGCCUGAACUAAUACAAGAAAUACCGCCGGUGAAGUUGUCCUUUGUUGGCGGGUCGCAAUUCUCUUCCAAUCUUAAAGAACUCUGCUUAGUGCACGUGACCAUGGAUGUUCCCCUUGAUUUGGCAAAUUGUCAGCAAUUACAUAAUUUAGGUCUAGGAAAUACCUCGUCCGAUACUAUGACCGAUACAGGCGUCGUAUGUAACAUGCAACGUUGUGAUGCACUUCAGGAACUGCGGGUUGACGCAUUGACAUUCCCUGUCGAUACUCACCUGGAUCUCAGCGGUCUCACACAUCUCUCAUCAAUAACUAUACAGAACACCCGUCUGUCCCGCGUAACCAUCAACCCGUCUUGUCUAGAGAUGUUCUGGGUUGCCGUAAAGCCUGAACUAAUACAAGAAAUACCGCCGGUGAAGUUGUCCUUUGUUGGCGGGUCGCAAUUCACUUCCAAUCUUAAAGAACUCAGCUUAGUGCACGUGACCAUGGAUGUUCCCCUUGAUUUGGCAAAUUGUCCGCAAUUACAGCAAUUAGUUAUGGAAAAUACCUCAUCCGAUUCUGUAACAGGUAUAUGCGUUGUACGUAAUAUGCAACGUUGUGAUGCACUUCAGAAACUGCGGCUUGACACAUUGACAUUCCCUGCAGAUACGCACCUGGAUCUCAGUGAAUUAACGUGUUUGACUGAUAUAUAUUUGGAACUGCGGCUUGACACGUUGACAUUCCCUGCAGAUACGCACCUGGAUCUCAGUGAAUUAACGUGUUUGACUGAUAUAUAUUUGUUUCCACAAAAUGUGCAUGAGAUAUUCAUAUACGGUGUAACCUUUUGCAAAAAUACUCACCUGGUACUCAGCGGUCUCACACAUCUCUCAAACAUAACUAUACUGGACACCCGACUGUCCCGCGUAACCAUCAACCCGUCUUGUCUAGAGAAGUUCUGGGUUUACGUAAAGCCUGAACUAAUACAAGAAAUACCGCCGGUGAAGUUGUCCUUUGUUGGCGGGUCGCAAUUCUCUUCCAAUCUUAAAGAACUCAGCUUAGUGCACGUGACCAUGGAUGUUCCCCUUGAUUUGGCAAAUUGUCCGCAAUAUCAGAAAUUAGUUAUGAAAAAUACCUCAUCCGAUUCUUUAACAGGUAUAUGCGUUGUACGUAGCAUGCAACGUUGUGAUGCACUUCAGGAACUGCGGCUUGACACAUUGACCUUCCCUGCAGAUACGCACCUGGAUCUCAGCGGUCUCACACAUCUCUCAAAGAUAACUAUACAGCACACCCGUCUGUCCCACGUAACCAUCAACCCGUCUUGUCUAGAGAAGUUCUGGGUUUACGUGAAGCCUGAACUGAUACAAGAAAUACCGCCCAUGAAGUUGUCCUUUGAUGGCGGGUCCAAGUUCUCAAGCAAACUUACGAUGCUAAGCUUAGUACAUACAUCGAAUAAUCAUAGCGUAGAUUUAUCGGAAUGUGUACAGUUACAAACACUCAGAACAUGUGAUAUAUUACAAAUAGGGACAUUAGGCCUUCCACAUCUGGAGGAGGCUCGAUUGUUUGGAGCACAAACAGACUUUGGCAACAAUGUUUUACAGCUCAUUUCUGAAAGUAGUUGUCCUUGUAGAAGAAUAUGGUUCGAAAACCUAUCUCCGGAAAUAUUCAGUUCAUUGACUGUUAGUCGAACUUAUGCUCAGAAGUUUGAAUCAUUCAAGUUUCGCUUUAUGCUUUUUGACAUAAAUGUUUUUGAUUUUAUCAAGACGGUUGCUGUGAAAAAGGUUGAAUUUGAAGAGGUGAAAAUAGUUAAAGCCCAGCAGCUUGUAGCCUUACUGACAUGUACAGAGCCUAUUCAGGCCUCAGACAAUACUGCAGACGGAACGGUCGAAUUGCCAGUCGGGCUCCGUGUAUCAGAUAUCAGUUUCUCUGAAUGUCCUGUUCUGGGUUCUACAGUUGAGGAAUUAGAUUCGGCGAUUGAAUGUUUACGACGGGUUUGGGAGAUAAAGGAAGUCAAGAUAGAAACACAGCAGUCUAGCAUUUCCAACACCGUCUGCGGUGAAGACAUUAUUAGCGAGAAUCACAUUGUGUUGAUGAGUUUGCAGCUGAAAUCAAAUUAACUUAAGUUCGCAUUGGAUAGAAAUCAAGAUAGUGCAUCUUUAAAUUUAACGAUCCAGCGAAAUGAAUAGUUUUACCAUUUAAUGUUUGUACAUAAAGUUUCGUCUUACACAUUCAUAUUUCGUUUAUCUUAAAUAGUCAUAUUCCGUAUCGUCUUACACAGUCAUAUUCCGUUACGUCUUACAACGUCAUAUUCCGCUACGUCUUACAACGUCAUGUUCCGUUACGUCUUACACAGUCAUAUUCCGCUACUACGUCUUACACAGUCAUAUUCCGUUACGUCUUACACAGUCAUAUUCCAUUACGUCUUACACAGUCAUAUUCCGUUACGUCUUACAACGUCAUAUUCCGCUACGUCUUACAACGUCAUGUUCCGUUACGUCUUAAACAGUCAUAUUUCGUUACGUCUUACACAUUCAUAUUCCAUUACGCUUUACAACGUCAUAUUCCGUUUCGGCUUACAACGUCAUAUUCCGUUUUUGGUUACAACGUCAUAUUCCAUAUCGUCUUAUAAAGUUGUCCCCUGUUUAAUCGCAGAUUUGGGUGCCAAAACCUUUCAGAUGUUUUUUUUAUAUAUUUUGUGGAUAUUUUGACAUCACGCAGGACAAAUUAUGUACAGUGAGCUUUUGUUGUAUUUUUACUUUCGUAUUUUUUUUGUGU